UUACUCCUCACACAUUCACCUUCCUUCUUUAGGGUUUCUCUCUCACCUUUCUAGCCAUUUGGUCCAUCUCAUUCUUCUUCCCCCCAGCUUUUAUUUUUAAUUUACUGCUAAAUUGGGGGUCGAUACUACUAUGGCGGGAACGGCGAGAAGAAUGUGGGUGGCGACUGUGGUGGUUAUGGCUGUGAGCAUGUGGUGGAGUGGCGCUAGGGCUGAACCGCAAGUGCCCUGCUACUUCAUUUUUGGGGACUCUUUGGUUGAUAAUGGCAAUAACAACCAGCUGCAGUCCUUGGCCAGAGCUAACUACUUGCCUUACGGGAUUGACUUUGGUGGACCGACCGGAAGAUUUUCCAACGGAAAAACCACUGUUGAUGUUGUUGCCGAGCUUCUGGGUUUUGAUGAUUUCAUCCCUCCCUAUGCAACUGCUAGAGGCCAAGACGUACUCAAAGGAGUAAACUUUGCAUCUGCAGCUGCUGGAAUUAGAGAGGAAACUGGACGCCAAUUGGGAGGUCGUAUUACAUUUAGUGGUCAGGUAAAGAAUUACCAAAACACUGUGUCCCAAGUGGUGAACUUACUAGGUGGUGAGGACCAAGCUGCAAAUUACCUAAGCAAAUGCAUAUACUCAGUUGGAUUAGGCAGCAACGAUUACCUUAACAACUAUUUCAUGCCCCAAUUUUACAACACCGCCAACCAAUUUACCCCGGAGCAAUAUGCCGAUUCGCUUAUUCAUGAUUACAGUCAACAGCUGAGGAUUUUGUACAAUUAUGGAGCAAGGAAGGUUGUGCUGUUUGGAAUUGGUCAAGUAGGAUGCAGUCCAAGUGAAUUGGCACAAAAUAGCCCAGAUGGUUCCACAUGCGUACAAAAAAUAAACUCUGCAAACCAAAUUUUCAAUAGCAAGCUCAAGGCACUGGCCAAUGAAUUCAACACUAAUCUAGCAGAUGCAAGAUUUAUCUUCGUAGACACUUAUGGCAUUUUCCAGGACAUAAUAAGCAGCCCUGCACAAUAUGGAUUUAGAGUUACAAACGCAGGGUGCUGUGGGGUAGGGAGGAACAAUGGCCAAAUUACAUGUCUUCCCUUCCAAACUCCGUGCCAAAAUAGGAACGAGUAUCUAUUUUGGGAUGCAUUUCAUCCAACUGAGGCUGGCAAUGCUGUUAUAGCAAGGAGAGGAUACAGCGCUGUUCGGGCCUCGGACGCUUACCCUAUCGAUAUACGGCGGCUUGCCCUUCUUUGAUCGUCGUCAUCAUCGUCGUGAUCAAUGAUUAUGGCUGCAGUGGCAUAUAAUCAUGCUUGCACACCAUAUCAUAAAAAACAACCAGCAGCUAUAUAUAAUCUGUAUUGCAUUCUCCUAUGUCAUGGGUUUCUUUGUUGCAAUUGUUGCAGUUAAUCAUGUUUCGUUUAGAUGUUCAUCAAACUUUGAUCUUCUUCUUGUGUACUGCUUAAAGGUUUAAAUUAAUACGAAAAUGAGUUCGUUUGGUUUUUAGA